UUCGCGUUUGCACUAGUGUCACUGUCAAGUGUCAACGAUCGCGUCCUUUAUUUAUUUGUUAUGAAGUAAAAAAUAUUUCAUAAAUUACUGAAAAAUGCUAUGAGAGUAAUCUAGAAGAAUAAAAACGCUAAUAAAGUGUGAGAGUGUCUCGAAGAGGGUUGUUUUAUACGAUGGGGAGCUACGCGAAGGCUAUUAUGACAGGUUUCAUAUGCAGAUUGUGCUCGGAACAGAAGAAAAAGGUCAUACAUUUAUACAGUGGCAAGGCUAAAAAAUUGGCUUUAAUGGAAAAAAUUAAGCUACUGCCUAUCACAAUUGACAAAUACGAUAACUUACCAAAGACAGUUUGUGAACAGUGUAUUGAAAGGUUGGAAAUUCAGUACAAUCUCGUACUCAAAAUAAAGAAGAGUAAUUCAAUUCAGAGAAGUCACAGGUUAUUCCAUUAUUGUAGAGUAAUGGUAGGUGUCCGGUAGAGUGCCCCCUGCACGGCAUUCAUGAUCCAAAUUGGGCUGGUUUAGAUAGUGAUGAAUUAUAAUUAGUUUGUGUAAUUUAAUGUACUGUUUUAUCCUAAGUUUAGUUUUUCGUUCUAAUUGUGAUUUUUCUUUGCAAUAAAAUAUCAUCAAUAA